CUCCCAGUCACGGACAUGGCGGUAAUGAGACUAGUCCUAAUUUCUCUGGUGCUGAUUUUUCUUACAGUCCAUCGUUGCAUGGCUGGAAGACUUCACGUACAGGGCACAAAGUUCGUUAAAGAUGGACAGCGCGUGUUCUUAUCCGGAACAAACCUAGCUUGGGUAAACUAUGCUCAUGACUUUGGAAACAACCAAUACAGUGGUGUGAGGACGAGGUUUGAGCAAUACCUGAGCCAGAUCCAUGCCUCUGGGGGUAACUCCAUAAGAGUGUGGCUUCACAUCGAAGGGGAGACAUCCCCGCAUUUCAACAGCCAAGGGUACGUAGACAAGACCGAUGCCGCCGGAAGUCUGAUUAGCGACAUGAGGAGCUUUCUGCACUCCGCCAGACAUUACAACAUUUUCGUCUUCUUUGUACUUUGGAAUGGUGCAAAGAAACAAAGCACUCAUUACAGGCUUGAUGGUCUAAUCAAAGAUUCGCACAAACUACAGAGUUACAUUGACCACUGCUUAAAGCCGAUGGUGAGCGCCUUAAAAAACGAACCAGCCCUCGGAGGAUGGGAGAUCAUGAACGAGCCUGAGGGAGAACUGAUACCGGAUCACCAUAGCAACAACCCGUGCCACGAUACAUCGCAACUUCAUAACAGCGGUGCCGGCUGGGAGGGACACCUGUAUUCUGCCGCUCAAAUACAGAAGUUCGUGAAUUGGCAAGCAGAUGCUAUACGAACGACAGAUCCGGGUGCCAUGGUUACUGUUGGUGUAUGGAACCCUAAAUCCAACACAGACAAAUUUGGCUUUAAGAACCUGUACUCGGACCACUGUCUUACAUCAGCUGGUGGAAAGGCACAUGGAACCCUGACAUUUUAUCAGAUGCAUACAUACGCCUCCAAUGGUCACUUUGAUGGAUAUUCGCCAUUUCAGCACCAUGCUACAGAAUUCGGACUGAACAAACCUCUUGUAAUUGGUGAAUUCCGAGAAGAAAGUGGAACAGGAAAGAUUACCGACAUGUAUAACUACGCCUACUAUUACGGUUAUGCCGGUGGGUGGGCGUGGCAAGCAGUGGAUAACAACUGGAGUAACAUUAAGACAGGAAUUGCUUGGCUGAAGGGGAGAAACGAUCAACAGAAGGGUGGUCUUGUAGGCGUUCACUUGUAAUAUUGGGAUGAAUAAAAUUGCCGUAAAAAUGUUGAUAGGUGUG